UUCCUCUCUGGGAGGAGCCUGGUGUCUCUCAGCCAAUCGGAACGAGCGGAAACAGGUCAGGUAGCCGAAGAGGACCUCAGAGAGAGCAGGCAGGCAGGGCAGAGCAGCCACGCACGGCAGGAGGUCAGUGGACUUACCGGGAGGAUUAUGUCCAAACCUUCGUCCAACGUCAAGGCCCUUCAGGCUAAUUUGAACAUCCCGAUGGGAGGUCUGCGUCCAGGGGCGGGACAUCCUGUCAAGAGGAGAGAGGAGACAGUAGAGGCAGAAGAGGCCCAAACGCCAGAGGAGCCCCGCGCUGCCGCCCCGACGCCGGAGGAGAAGAAGGUGUUGCCGGGCGCCGUGAAAGUGCCCGGUCCGGCCGUUAACCUUUCAGAGCUGCAGAACGUCAAGAGCGAACUCCGAUGGGUCACCAAGGACUAACAUGACGAACCCAGGCGGAGAGGAGGAAGGCGGACAAUCUCUCCCGAACACGGACUCCCCCCCCCCCCCCCGCUGCCGCCCAAGACUCCAGCGGGCCGCAAACUAAUCCCAGCUUUGUGCGAAGCCGACGUCUGCAGAAAGUGUCCAGCGUUCAACCCCGAAGCCACCGGGAAGCAGGCGUCCACUUAUUGUGGUGCCCGAAUGGGUUAAAGGCACUGCGUAUUUAUCCAUAUCCGUCCCGUCAAUCCAAACGCUAAAAAUGUGUACGAAAAGUGAAAUGGGGUCAAGGUAAAGCGGGACGUUCGGGCUCGUCUCUGCUGCGGGACGGACUCCACUCUGCUUUGGACCUUUAGGAGUGCGUGACUUGUGUUGCAAUAACAACCAUAUUAUCUGCUUUUAUUUUGUUUUGGGGGGUAUUUUGAGGUCUGAAGAAGCUGGUUUUGAUGGACAGUUGACAGGCAUUUAAGGAAUGUGAUUGCCCCUUUUUUCUGUCAAAGAACUCCAGCUAUUCAGCACUGAUUUAUACUCAUACACUAUUUCUAUUAAAUUAUUCAUUUCAACAGUGGCAAUAAUGCGAUGGGAUUCAGGUUGAAUAGGUUUUUUUGAAAGUGGGAAUGUUUUACUUGUUUUAUUGAUAUGAUUCCAAGAAACUGGUAUUUUCAGGAAAAUGUUACAAUAAAAUGAAAUGGUUCUGAAAA